UGCUGUUGCUGCUGCGUCUCUUUAUCAUUAUGUUAUAUAUAUGUAUAAGCUAAAAUUCGCGCACACACACACAUGAUAAAUAAAAGUAUAUAAAGAGAAAGAGUGGAAGAGAGAAAGAGAUAAUAGAGCAAAGACCGAAAUAUCGAUUUUUAGGCCCCUACAUGACAGCGGUUCGAUGCUGGUCAUAUCUGCCCCGUGCCCCGUUCGCAAUAAAGCGCCUUUCAAAACACUAACGCGUGAAUCUAAAUCACAACGUUAAAAAGUUGAAAUUAUAUAUCUUUAUUUAAUUCAUUUAUUAUAAAAAUAAAUAAAUAAAUAAAUAUAUUUUGUGAUGAAUAAAUAAAAAAUACAUAUAUAGUGCAUGUGAAUAAAUGAAAAAUAUCGCUUAAUUGCGUUAUAAUUUUGAUUGUGUUUUAUUUAUUUUAUAAAUAACAGUGUUUUGCAAAAGGAUAUCAUCAUACUGGAAUAAUAUUAAUAAUAAUAAUAAUAAUAAUGUCAUCAGAAAAAAUGGCAUUAGCAACAUCUGAAAAUUAUCAAUUAAAAUGGCAUAGUUAUGGUGCUCAUCUUCAUAGUUCAGUUGCAACACUGUUGCACUCUGAAUCAUUUGCUGAUGUAUUAUUAGCAACAUCAUGUGGACGUCAUGUCGCUGCUCAUCGUUUUGUUCUUGCAGCAUGUUCAUCAUAUUUAAGUCAUAUAUUUCAAACUUGUCAUUUUGGUGCAAAUACAAAUGCUCCAAUUAUUGUAGUUUUACCAACUGAAAUUGGAUAUCGUACAUUGAAAAUAUUAAUUCAAUACAUGUACAGUGGUGAAGCAACAGUUACAAAUGAUCAAUUAGAAGGUGUACUUAAAGCUGGUGAUAUACUACGUGUUCGUGGAUUAUGGAGAUCAAAUUCAUCAUCAUCAUCUUCAUCAUCAUCAACAACAUCAGCAAGUAAAAAAGAAAAUAUACAAUCAAAUAAUCAAAAAGUUGAUCGUGAUAAACAGCCAAUACCAGGUGGCAUACAAAAAAUUAAACUUGUACAACCAACAAGUGAUAAAACUGUUGAUACAACAAUACCAUCAAUACCACCUCUAGUACCAUCAUCAUCAUUAUCAUCAUCAUCAUCAUCAUCAGCAGCAGCAGCAUCAACAUCAUCCACAACAUCCACAUCAACAACAACAAUAUUACCAGCAGCAACAGCAGGCACAACAACAACGACAACAACAACAACAGCCACAACAACAGCAUCAGCAGCAAUUAAUGCAGUUAAACUUGUUAUACAACCAACUGUACAACCAUUAAAAAUAUUACAAAAAGAUAAAGAUAAAGAUAAAAUAAACAAUGAUAAAAAUUCAAAUUCUUCUGAAAAAAAAACAACAGUUAUAACAAAUACUGAAAUGGCAAAAAAAACAAUUGUCGAAAAUAAUAAAAUAACUGAUGAAAAUAAAAAUAAAGAAAAUCUCGAGUCAAAUAGUAAAAAAAGAAGAAAUACAAGUACAAGUGAAGCAGAAUCAAAUAAAUCAUGUAAAAGUGAUGCUGAUGAUAACAAUUCUGAACUCAAUUUGGAAUUGCUAGUUAAAGAUGAGCCAAUUGAUUGGGAAGAUUCAAUGGAUCCAGCAGAAUCAUUAACAAUUGAUCAUGAUAUUGAUAUUAAACCAGAAAUAAUUCACAGUGCAGAGGAGGAUGAUGCUGAUAUGGAUGAAGAAGAAUAUACACCAUUGACUUGUGAUUUAUGUAGUCAAACAUUUAAUCGACCAUCUGAUUGGGUCAGACAUAUUGAAUUUACUCAUGCUGAUAUGACUGAAAAUAAAAGAAAAAAACGAAAAGAUGAUGAUGAUAGUAAAGAUUUUCCACCAUUAAAAUGUGAUUUAUGUGGUAAUCAAUUUCCAACACCACAAGAAUGGGUACGUCAUAUACAAACAGAACAUACCGAAGAACAAUUGGCACUUAUGAAUAAUUCAGCACCACCAAAACCAAAACGUGUACAUAAUCAUCAAAAAUUGUGUAAUAUUUGUCAAAAAGUAUUUCCAAGUCAUGCAUCAAUGGUGAUACAUCAACGAACACAUACUGGUGAAAAACCAUUCCUAUGUUCUUAUUGUAAAAAAGGUUUCAAUGUUAAAAGUAAUUUACUGAGGCAUUUACGAACACUUCAUGAUAAAUUUGUACAUCCAAGUUUAUAUGGCAGCAAUGGAAAACAAAAUGCUUAAAUUAUAUAAUCAUCUAUCAAGACUAAAUCAUCACAAAUUAUUAUGAAAUACUUUAAAGCUCAAUAGUGCGUUGCAGUAAUUGCAAAUUUUUAAAAUUAAAAAAAUUGGUUUUUAAAAUAUCAUUAAUUAAAAAACUUUUGUACUCUGGUUAAGUACGAUAUAUUCAUGAUUAUAUUUAUUAAAACAACCAAGAGUUUUUCAAAGUAAAGAGACGUUGAAAAACCAUUGCCAAAGUUAAAAAAAUAUUCCAUGUAUAAUAUAAUAUAAUUUCGACAGUAAUUCAAUAAUAAUAAAAUCCAUGAAAUUAUUUUCUUUUAAAAUUAUUAAAUCUUGCGAAUAAUAAUAAUAAUAAUAAUUGUAUAAAAUAUUUCGUAUUUUUUCUUGAACCAUUUGAAAAAAAAAAAAAAAGUAUUUAGCUAAGGAUUAAAUUAGAAUAAAUAAUUUAAUAAAUUGGAGUAAGUUUAAAUUUAAAUUACUUUUAGACUAUUAAUGGAUAGUCCAAAAAAUAAUAUUAAUAUUUAUCUCAGCCCAUAAGUUAAUUAUGUAUUUUUAUAUUAAAGUAGAUUAUUAAUAUAGCUAUAUAUAUUAUGUAUAUUAAUUGUGAGGAGAUAUGACAGUCGAAAUAUUUGAAAAAAAAAAAAAACUCGAAAUCAGAUAGGAUAUAAUAAACAAGUUGUAUCCAAGAUUUUCUUUUUCUUUUUUUCUCGAAAAAUAGUCACAGGCGAUGAAAAAAAAAAAAAAAUAAAGACGAGUGUCAAUGAUAUUAUGUUACUCAGUCUCUCUUUAUCUCGUUCUCGCACUGUGACGAGCCAAAUACUUAUAAAUGUAAAAUUUAAAUAAAAAAUAAUAUUGUCUUCAAAAACA